GAGUAUAAAUUAAAAAUGACUGAAGUUCAAGCAAUGGUAGAAUUCUCCGUGGAGCUAAACAAGUUCUACAAUGUGGAUUUAUUUCAGAGAGGUUUUUACCAGAUUCGUGCGUCUAUGAAAAUUCCACCAAGAGUUCCCCACAGAGUAGAAGCUAGUUUGUUACAUGCAGCAGGUAUGACUUUAGCCUUUCCAGCUUCAGUUCAUGAUUCUCUGAUUUGCAGUAAAACAUUUCAAAUUCUAUAUAAAAAUGAGGAAGUUGUUUUGAACGAUGUCAUGAUCUUCAAAGUUAAAAUGUUGUUGGAUGAAAAAAAGAUUGAAGAAACCCUUGAGGAAAUGAAUUUUCUGUUAUCCUUGGAUCUGCACUUCACAGAUGGAGAUUAUUCGGCAGAUGAUCUGAACACCUUGCAGCUAAUAAGCAGCCGAACACUGAAGCUGCACUUUAGCCUCCAAAGAGGCCUCCAUCACCAUGUCAAUGUCAUGUUUGAUUACUUCCACCUUUCUGUAGUGUCUGUGACAGUCCAUGCAUCGUUGGUUGCACUACACCAGCCACUAAUAAGCUUUCCUCGCCCUGUGAAGACUACUUGGUUAAACAGAAAUGCACCAGCACAAAACAAAGAUUCUGUGAUUCCUACUCUUGAAAGUGUGGUCUUUGGUAUUAACUACACAAAACAGUUAUCACCAGAUGGCUUCAGCUUCGUCAUUGCAGACUCCUUCCUGCGUCACGCCUACCGUUUCCAUUACACCCUCUGCGCCACCCUCCUGCUGGCAUUCAAGGGGCUGCACAGCUACUUCAUUACGGUAACGGAAGAGCUUCCCUCUUGUCAGAAACUAGAACUGGAGGAAAUGGAUGUGGAAGCGCGACUUACUGAAUUAUGUGAAGAAGUCAAGAAAAUAGAGAAUCCUGAUGAACUGGCAGAACUUAUAAAUAUGAAUCUCGCACAACUUUGCUCACUUCUAAUGGCUUUAUGGGGACAGUUUCUGGAAGUUAUAACACUACAUGAAGAGCUAAGACUAGUACUAGCACAAGAGCACCAUACUUUGAGGGUGCGCAGAUUUUCUGAGGCAUUCUUUUGUUUUGAACAUCCAAGAGAAGCUGCCAUUGCAUACCAGGAACUUCAUGCUCAGAGUCACCUCCAGAUGUGCACCGCUCUCAAAAACACUUCCUUCUGCAGCUCUCUCCCACCCCUGCCUAUUGAGUGUAGUGAAUUAGAUGGAGAUCUCAAUUCAUUACCUGUGAUCUUUGAAGACAGGUAUUUAGAUGCAGUUACUGAAGACUUAGAUGCACCCUGGAUGGGAAUUCAGAGUCUUCAGAGAUCAGAGUCCAGUAGAAUGGAUAAAUGUGAGACUGAAGAAAGCUCUCUAGCUGGACUUUCCAGCCCAGAGUUGAAAGUCAGACCUGCUGGGGCCUCCAGUUUUUGGUCUACAGAAGGUGAAAAGCAGCUAACAAAGUCUCUAAAAGGAAAGAAUGAAGAAUCAAAUAAAUCCAAGGUUAAGGUUACUAAGCUCAUGAAAACAAUGAAACCUGAAAACACAAAAAAAUUAAUAAAACAGAACUCUAAGGAUUCUGUGGUUUUGGUAGGCUACAAAUGUUUGAAAAGCACAGCAUCAAAUGAUCUCUUUAAAAGCUUUGAAGGCAAUCCUUCACAUAGUCAGAAGGAAGGUCUGGACACCACAAUAUGUGGAUAUAAUUUUGACCUAAAGACCUACAUCAGACAGACAAGUCAAAAGGAAGCUAGCUAUUUGCCAGCUAAUACAGAGAGAACUGAACAAAAGUCUCCAGAUAUUGAAAAUAUGCAACCAGACCUGUUUGAUCCUUUGACCUCUGGCAGCCUAAAUCUUUGUGCAAAUUUGUCCAUUUCAGGUAAACUUGAUAUCUCCCAGGACGAUAGUGAAAUUGCACAAGUGGAACACAGUGUGGCAUCCAGAAGUUCAUCAGAUGAUUGCCAUGAUCAUCAAACUGCCCCCACUUCGGGAGUUAGGACAAUUGAAGUAAAGCCCUCUAAUAAAGACCCUUUCAGUGGAGAGAAAAUAACUGUUAAAAUAGGACCUUGGACAGAGCUUCGACAAGAUGAAAUAUUUGCGGAUAGUUUACAACUACCCAACUUUGAGUCCUUAGAAUCUAACGGUAAAUCUAAAUCUAUAGAACUAACACUUGAAAAGGAAGCUUUGCAGGAAGCAAAGUGUCGUUCUGUUGGAGAAUCAUUAGCUAAGCUAAGAAGUAAUCAACCUGCUUCUUCUACAAGAGAAUAUCAUGUUGUAGUGAGUGGAGACUCAAUUAAGUUACCAGAUAUUAGUGCCACGUGUGCCUCGUCUCGGUUCUCAGAUUCAGGUGUGGAAAGUGAACCAAGCUCUGUUGCAACACAUCCAAACCCUGACCUAGUCUUUGAAACUGUACAAGGGCAAGGUCUUUCCAAUAACGAAAGGUUAUUUCCUCAGCUUUUGAUGAAGCCGGAUCAUAAUGUAAAGUUUUCAGUAGGCAGCCACUGUACUGAGAGCACAAGUGCUUUCAGUGAGAUCCAGUCAUCCUUAACGUCCAUAAACUCUCUGCCUUCUGACGAUGAGCUGUCACCUGAUGAAAAUCCUAAGAAAUCUGUUGUACCUGAAUGCCACCUAAGCGAUAGCAGAACCGUGUUGAAUCUAGGAACAAUUGAUGUGCCAAAAUGUGACGAUAGGAAGAAGUCAAGUAUUAUGUUGCAACAGCAGAGUGUCAUGUUUUCAGGGCAUUUGGACAAUGAAAUGAUAGCAAUACAUUCCUUAAAUUCAAGCACUAAAGACCCUUUACAAUUUGUUUUUUCAGACGAAGGUACUUCCAGUGAUGUGAAAAGUAGUUGCAGCUCCAAACCUAACUUGGACACUUCGUGUAAAGACUCCCAGAGUCCUGAUAAAUCUUGUGACCCUGCAGGGACCGCAGUUCCAUUAAGUUCGGGACUGGUUUGUUCAGGCACCCCUUGUGUCGUUUCAGGUUCCAUUUCUACCAGGACAGACGUCAGUGAAGAUAGAACUGUGAAAAGAAAAAAUAGCGAUGCGUUAAAUCUCAAACAAAUGUAUUCAGAAGCCCCUACAGUUAAAGAUGAAACGCACCUGGGUACAGGUGACCCUUUUUCAGCCAGUCCUGAUAUGGUAAAGCAAGGGCUUGUGGAAAAUUAUUUUGGCUGUCAAAGCAGUACAGAUACUUAUGACACGUGUACUGUUAGCUACAGCAAUUCAGUUAGCCCUCAGAAGGAAGCUUCUGACAAAGAAAUUAGUAAUCUUCAGCAGGACCAGGAUAAAGAGGAGGAGGAAGAAGAGCAGGACCAGCGAAUGGUUCAAAAUGGGUAUCAUGGGGAGACAGAUGACCCCGCCCCGGGUGGGGCGGCACGUGCUCACUGUGCAGACCGAGGCGCCCCAGGAGGAGAAGGGUCUGUCAAAUCCGGAAGGAUUAGCACUGACCAUCUGAGGGAUGGUAUAACCGUGCCUACUGUCUGCACCUCCGGCUGUCUGUCCUUCCCAUCUGCACCACGGGAGUCUCCUUGCAGUGUUAAGUAUUCUUCUAAGAGUAAAUGUGAUGCAAUUACAAAGCAGCCAAGCAGCGCUUCUUACAACUUCACCUCAUCACUGUCCUGGUAUGAAAAUUCACCAAAACCUCAAAUACAAGCCUUCCUUCAGGCGAAAGAAGAAUUGAAGCACCUUAAGCUCCCUGGGUUCAUGUACAGCGAUGUCCCUCUUCUGGCAUCCUCAGUGCCCUAUUUCUGUGUGGAAGAGGAGGAAGAGGGUUGUUCCGAAGGCGGAGUCCAUCUCAUUGUGUGUGUGCAUGGCCUGGACGGUAACAGUGCAGAUCUCCGGUUAGUAAAAACUUACAUUGAACUUGGACUGCCUGGGGAAAGAAUUGAUUUUCUUAUGUCUGAGAGAAAUCAGAAUGAUACUUUUGCUGAUUUUGAUAGCAUGACUGAUCGCCUUCUGGACGAGAUAAUACAAUAUAUUCAGAUAUAUAGUCUAACAGUCUCAAAAAUAAGCUUUAUUGGACAUUCGUUGGGCAAUUUAAUAAUCCGUUCAGUGCUUACAAGGCCACGGUUUAAAUAUUACCUUGACAAACUUCAUACCUUUCUAUCACUCUCUGGACCUCACCUUGGUACGCUCUACAACAGCAGUGCUCUUGUUAAUACAGGUCUGUGGUUUAUGCAGAAAUGGAAAAAAUCAGGUUCUCUUUUGCAACUGACAUGUCGAGAUCAUUCAGACCCUCGCCAGACUUUCUUAUACAAGCUUAGUAAUAAAGCCGGGCUUCACUAUUUCAAAAAUGUUGUACUAGUGGGCUCUCUGCAGGAUCGCUAUGUUCCUUAUCAUUCUGCCCGCAUUGAAAUGUGCAAGACAGCUUUAAAGGACAAACAGUCAGGACAGAUCUAUUCAGAAAUGAUCCACAACUUGCUUCGCCCGGUUCUGCAAAGCAAGGAUUGUAACUUGGUUCGAUAUAAUGUCAUCAAUGCAUUGCCCAAUACAGCUGAUUCACUCAUUGGGAGAGCUGCACAUAUAGCUGUUCUGGAUUCGGAAAUAUUUUUAGAGAAAUUCUUUCUGGUUGCCGCCCUCAAAUAUUUCCAUUAG